GCGGCGGCGAUCCCUGUCCCCGGAGCUGAGGUCGGUGUCCGUGUCCCUGCAGCCGGGCCCAGCUCACGGCCUACGCCGUGGCAUGGAGGCUGCAGGUGGCGGGCGUUCCCUGUCUCCGGCGGCCAGGGAGCUGCUGCGGUCGCUGGGCAGCUGCAGCAAACACGCCUCGUAUCUGAGGCAGAACCUGAGGGAGACCAAGAAAUACUUCAGAGAGCUGCGGCACUCGCACGGCAGCAGCCCCGGGUCCCGGGAAGGUGAGCAGGGCCUGGGAGAGGGAGAGGCCGGGCCUGGAGAGGCUGACAGCCAGCCUACACUGCUGGAAGGUGAGCCGGGCCUGGGAGAGGGAGGUCAAGGUUCUCUGAGCUGCAUAUCAUUCCCACGGCAUGAAGAGGAGUACCUGCAGGCAACAGUGGGCUCUUUUCCAUGUAUUAUGAUCCUGGGUCAGAACUGUGGAGCCAAGUGUCAUUUACUAAACAGUCUCUUGGGUGAAAAACUCUUGCCAGUCAUCAGGAGCAGCAAUGAGAAGAAAUGUAAAAGGAGACGAUUGAAGUUCACCCAUGGAAAGAGGACCAGUAUUAGCCUGGCCUUGCCUGGUCAAUAUGUGUUGGUUCAUCACCUGGCAGCACACCAGGGCAAAUGGGAUACAAUUCCUGAGGAGGACCUGGAAAUCCAAGAUGAUAGUCAGGAUCCCGCACAUCGUGCAGCACAUCUGGAGGUAACAUUGCAUCAUCCGUUGUUGCAGGAAAUGGAUAUUCUUGUUCUUCCAUGCCAUGAAAUUGGAGCUGAGGUGGGCAAGCUUGAUGAGUGUUGGCGACAUUCCCUUCCAAUUAUUGUCUAUGCCAUCAGUGAGGACCGUUUCACUGAUUCAGAAGAAAGUGAGCUGCAGGAGAUGAGGGAACAUUCCUUGCCUGUUUUCUUCAUAAAGGUACCAAAGCUCCUGAACAUUUUCCACCCAGACUCUCCCUCUGGUCCAGACAAGGACAUAGUGGUGAAAAACUCCAAGUCUGAAAAGGAAAAGAGCUAUCUUUACCGUCAGCUAACCAAGUUGGACUUCCUGAGUCCCAGCAUGGGUGGGCAAUUCAACAGCAGCAAAGCCCAAAGCAUGUUGGUGGAACACUUUGAGAAGUUUCGGCAGCUUGGUGUCUUUGCUAAGCAAGUGGUGCAGAUGCACCUUGUGGAUGCAGCAACUGUGCUAAACGGUGUACACUGUCGCUGUUUGGACAUUUUCAUCAACCAGGCCUUUGACAUGCAGAGAGACUUGCAGAUCACUCCCAAGAGACUGGAGUACACAAGGGACAAAGAGAAUGAGUUGUUCCAGUCACUGAUGAGCAUAGCUAACAGGAAACAGGAGGAAAUGAGAGACAUGAUCGUCGACACACUCAGCAGCAUGAAGGAGGAGCUCUUGGAAGAGGCCGCAAAUUUGCAGUUCAAAGACAUAAUCAUCUCUGAGAAUGGUGAGACUGUUGGCAAUAAGGACAUUAAGUGCUGCAUCAAACAGAUUCAGGAGUUGAUUAUUUCUCGGUUAAAUCAAGCUGUUGCCAAUAAACUUAUCAGUUCUGUAGACUACCUUCGAGAAAGUUUUGUUGGGACCCUUGAACGCUGUCUCAAGAGCUUGGAAAAAUCCAACCAGGAUUCUGCCAUGAACAAUGCCACCAGCAAUCACCUGAAACAGAUUUUAAAUGCUGCGUAUCAUGUUGAGGUCACAUUCCAUUCGGGAUCAACAGUGUCCCGACUGCUUUGGGAACAAAUCAAGCAGAUUAUUCAUAGGAUGCCUUGGGUACAUCCCCCAUCUGUUACCAUUGAGUGGAAAAGGAAAAUUGCACAGGAUGCCAUAGAGAGUCUCUGUGCAUCUAAACUUGCCAAGAGCAUAUGUAGUCAGUUCCGUACCCGGCUCAACAGUUCACACGAAGCAUUUGCUGCCUCUCUGCGACAGCUUGAAACAGGACUUUCAGGAAGGCUUGAGAAAACUGAAGAUCUGUGGUUGAAAGUACGCAAAGACCAUGCACCACGCCUGGCUCGCCUUUCACUGGAAAGUCGUUCCCUCCGGGAUUUGCUGUUACACGGUAAACCUAAAUUAGGUCGCGAGCUGGGCCGUGGCCAGUAUGGAGUUGUGUACCUGUGCGACAGCUGGGCUGGUCACUCACCCUGUGCACUGAAGUCUGUCGUGCCUCCAGAUGACAAGCAUUGGAAUGACCUGGCACUUGAAUUCCACUACACUAGAUCUUUACCCAGACAUGAGCGACUGGUUGAUCUUCAUGGGUCAGUAAUAGACUACAGUUAUGGAGGUGGAUCCAGCAUUGCUGUACUGUUGAUCAUGGAGAGGUUGCACCGAGACCUCUAUGCUGGACUGAAGGUUGGUCUGAAGCUUGAAGUACGUUUGCAGAUUGCUCUUGAUGUCGUGGAAGGGAUCCGAUUUCUCCAUCGCCAAGGCCUUGUGCAUCGAGACAUCAAAUUAAAAAAUGUCUUGUUGGACAAGCAGAAUCGAGCCAAAAUCACUGACCUGGGCUUCUGCAAACCCGAAGCUAUGAUGUCUGGGAGCAUUGUGGGGACCCCUAUACACAUGGCACCUGAGCUGUUUUCAGGCAAGUAUGAUAAUUCUGUGGACGUGUAUGCAUUUGGAAUCCUUUUCUGGUAUCUCUGCACUGGCACAAUUAAACUCCCAGAGGCGUUUGAAAAAUGUUCAAGCAAAGACCAGCUGUGGAACAAUGUGAAGAAAGGUGCACGGCCAGAACGGCUUCCUACGUUUGACGAGGAAUGUUGGCAGCUGAUGGAGGCAUGUUGGAAUGGUGACCCGUCUCAGAGGCCCUUGCUAGGAAUUGUUCAGCCCAUUCUGCAAAGCAUCAUGGACAGACUCUGCAAAAGUCACUCCGGAACACACUGCAAAGAUGGCUCAACGUGAUGAGAUUGGGGGAAAACCACGUGGAUUUACAGGAACUCCCCACAGUGGGGAGAAGAAAAAGCAAAAGAUGAACUCAGUUUAUUGAGGCAGGGUUGUUUGCAUUGAGCGCAGUAUAAGUAUUAACACUAGUUCAGCAUUACUGUUUACCUUCUGCUAUGCAGCAAGAAAGCAAAACUUGAGAUUUUUUUAUCCAGUGUCUUGGACUUGUAGGGGGUUGCAAUAGGACAGUUUGUUGGGAAUAAUGCAAGGAACUCAUUAGCAUUUUUUUGCCAGACAGUAUUUUUGAGCAAACCUUGCUUAUGGUCCCCCCCAAGUUAGCACAGAAUGUCAUUAAAAGGUGUAUGUACAUAGGAAUGUAACUGUUUUCUUAUUACUCUCUUCUCUCGUUCUCUGCAUUCCAUUCUGAUCCAUGGAAGACUGCAUGGAUUGCAGCCAGUGGAUAAAUGUUCUUUUGCUAGGGAAGAAGGUGGAAAGGAACAGAAACAUUUUGGUCAAAAAUUAGCACCAUGCACCAUUCAUUUUCUGUCAACAGCUUCCAAUACUAAGCAUGGUAGUAUAUGUUUAUGCACGACUAGCACUUGUCCUCCUUUCUCUGUCCACAAAUAGUGCCACUUUGCACUAUUUUUAUGUUCAUAUUUUUAUCUUUGGAGCUCACAGCUGUUGGGAAAUUAUUCAGCGUUUCACAGUUUCUUUGAGUUUACUGCUGUGUGAAUGGAUUGGAGCUGGAAAAUGGACAUGGUUACUUGUCUGCACCAGCCUGUCCCUCUCCCAGAAUCUCUCUUGAAGGUAUUGGUCAGUAGUUUCUAGACAUUGCUUGUGCUCAGUUGUUUUACACAAGAAUUGUUGCUACCUCUCUUUACUUUAAUUGCCCUAAAACAGCUCACUGGGAUCUUUUUGCAUUAUAAUCUUUAACAAAAUAUCAAAGAACAAUAUCACUACUGCACAUAAUCAUUUAGUUGAUUAAAACCUUGGAAUUGGGGCUGCAAGGAAAACAUUGAUGCCUGAAAGGUGAAAGCAAUUCAAAUUUUUACUUUUAAUCCUUCUAGCAACUUGUCAAUGGUUAUAUUCAGCUACCACCCACGCAUUUGUCAUCCAAUGGGCCUUUUAACUUCUGAUCUAAAGUAGGUGUCAUACCUGACUGAGAAGGAGAGAGAGGUUAUGACAAUCUUGACCUUUUCUCUCUAGCCAUGAAAUUAAAGCAUUUGAAUGCCGUUGGAUUGAAGACCCUUCCCAACAUUUAACACUAUUGUACCUUCCAUUACUCACCGCUCCAUUUUUAAAUUAUUUAUCAGAUUUUGGCUAUUCUGAAAUGGUUGCCAGGUUAUAAGAGCACAUUGAUUAUAAGCAAACUUUGUAUUGUUGCUAAGUGAUAAGUGAGUUAUGGUAAGGGAUCUUACAAAGGAGAUGGUGAAUCAGUAGCCUUGUUUAACACUCCAUUCUGUUUUCAUGAAAAAUUGGUAUUUGGAUUCAAGAUUCUCCAUCUUCUGGCUUUUAUUUCUGGCCAAACUUAUUUUCACCCUGAUUGGUGAUUAUUUUGUGUUCUCAUCUACUGUUUUUUAUGCAUGUGUAUUUGUGUUAUUUUUAAACUUGUGUAGAACUUUGUUUACUUCAGUGUAUUUAGCCCUGUCAACAUAAAGGGGCUUUGUUGAGAUUUGCCCAGUGGAAAUCUAUUAUCUUUAUGAAGUUUGGUUCUUCGAUGUUUCCUUUUUUGUAUUAAUGAAGGAUGGCAGAAUGCUUUUAUCUGUGUAUUCUGAAAAAAUGAUACAUUUGUGUGGGUCUUAACAUUAGUUAUGUUAAAACUGAGUUUGUGCCAAAAGAGCCAAUGAAUAAGGUCUAAGUGACAAGAAAUUACCACCAAUGGGAUCAAGUACAUCCUUAAAACACAAUCUGUAAAUUUGCACUUUGACACCAGCACAUCUAGCCAAGUUUUUUUUCUGAACUGAGCUUGCUAGAUUCGACACUCCAUCCUUCUACAGUCUACUUGAAAGUGAUGUAACACUAACUUUAUUUCAAAAAAAAAUUCUAGUUGCAUUAGAACGGACUCCUGUAGCAAAGUAUUUGGUAUUUUUGAAUAUUUUAGUUUUAUGCUUUGGUGCAGAAUACAGUUAUUGAAUUGUUGGUCUUUCGUUCACUGUCUGGGACAGUGUUUAGUUCUGUUUGAGGGAAUGGUUCUUGAGUGUCAGCAAUUGGUUUAAAUGAAAGAAUGAAGGCCCUAAUCUGCAGGUCAGCUUGUCUAAAGAGCGACACAUUUAGUACAGGAACAAUUUGGCAAGACGUUUUAAUGAGAUGACUGGCCUUAACAUCUUGAGACCUGUUAUCUCCAAACCUGUUACAUGAAAUAGUGAUAAUAUGGAAUAUAGUUAAGGUUUCUCAAGUGAGAAUUAUGAGGUAGGUGGAAUUUUUCAGAUCUAAGUAUACCAUAAGGACCGCUUCACCUGGGAUAUGUGAGAAAGGUACCCCUCAUCACCAAUGAGCCUUUUGUUCUUUCCUUCGAUUGUUUUAACCAGUAUUGCUUUUGAAACAAAAGCUUCAUAAAAAAAUCUUCUGAACAGUGCAGUAGAAAAAUAAUUUAUUUAAAUUGGGAGGAGAUCAAAAGGCAAAUAGCAUCAUUGAGUACUUGGCCCAAUAAUUCUAACUUUUAAUGCCUAAUUUGUGUUACUGUGAGAAUGUAGGUGGAGUGAUGGGUCCUAACAUGGUAUCAUCUAUUUGCUGAUCUGUGCAGAGAUCAAUUACAAAUCAGUUGUUUUCAGCCAACUUUUUUCCUGUUUCCAAAUUUUACAGCACAAGUGACAGAAGCCUCAAUCUGCAAUAUGUCUUUGGAGAAAUCACAGCAUUCUAAAAGAAUACACUUGGACGAAUGCUCCUUAUCCCAUUUAGUCCCAAUGAAUUUUGUAAACAAAUUGGGCAGAAGGGAUGAAAACUCCUGGGAAUGCUUCAAAUUUUGAAUUUGUUUUUAAAAAGUGAAGAGGAAAGAGCUGCUAAACUGUGAGCACUUGCAAGUAGCCAAGUAUUUAACUUAACCUUGCAGAAAACGUUUAAUCCAUCAAAACAGAGACCCAACUGGGAGAGUCUGUCUGUUCACACAACCUAAAGUUAGUUUCAUUUGCGUUGUCUUAAUCUUACCUAAAUUUGGAUUGCGAUUCUGAAUUUUCUUCCCUGAGGCUCUGUACUACCACAACCAAUCACCCCUACCCCAGAGACUGUACUGACAGCAACAGUGGUAUUUGAUCUAUUCUAUCUGAAUAAGAUUUGUUUGGUUUUCAAACCAGCCCCAUCUUAAAAGUAAAUGGUUAUAACCUGAAAGCAGUGAACCAUUAGCCAGUUAACUUGCACAUCGUCUUUUAAUGUGCAACUUGUUUGUCAAGUUUUCAGAUCCACUGCUGAGGGAUUCUCAAUAGUGCAUGUAUUUGAGUAAACAAAUCUAUUCUCUGCACCAGCCUCCCACACACACACAUGCAUGCGCACACACAGACACGUUCCAGGGAAAAACAGCAAUCUGCUGUGUAAAUUUUUUUUCAUGUAAAAGGUAAUCCUGGCCCUUGGUAUGUCUGGAUUUGUUCGGUUUCUUGGCAGGGAGAUAAUUGGUUUAAACACUGAGCUUUUGAGUGAAGGGAUUGAAAUGUAAGUCUUGGAUGGUUGAGCUGGAGAGUCCAAAGAGGUGCCACGUACUAUCUGUAACUGAUUCAUGUAUGAACGCUGGGGAGAGAAAUGGUCGGGUAAUAGUUUGUCAAGUUGUUGCAAUGAUAAAGGUUAAAUGCAGAUAGCUAUCUAGAUGUAUGAGGCAAGCUGAUUAUCCCACCAGUAACAAGGAGCUGCCUGUUUUUAUAUAUUUAAAAAAAGCACAACAAGGUUUCUUAUCAAAUAAAAUUAGGUAGUUGUUCCCUUUUAUUUCCCUUCAUUUCUUUUAUUGGUAGUCGAAAGUGCAGGAUUCGAAGGUAAACUAUAGAAGACAUAAAUAGAUUGUAACAACACUAAUUCAGAUCACUGAAUCUUGAUUAUUCUAAUACAGUGGUCCCAGUACACCAAUUUUAAAUUGAAACUUAAGUAAAUCUCUCCUCCGUCACACAGUGACCUGCAAGCUGUCUGAGGUGAUGGGUCAGUAUUUCUUGGAAGAAGCCAACAGCUUUGUAUAAACUGGGUUGCAAAAAUAUGGUGACAGGCAUGUCUCCCUUUUAUCGCACUUCAGCUGCAGAUAGAGGCUUGUAUAUUUAAUUUUAAAAAGAAAAAGAAAGCACAUGGACUGUCAGCUGCAUUGGGAACACCCAUCCGCCCCCACCCACCGGCGUGGUUACUUGGUUCCUGCAUCGAGCUGAAACCUGUUGUAUAGCAUUGAAUCGCAGAGAGGGUGAGCUCCGCUCCGUCCAGUUUUACCUUUUGGAAAACUAUGGGAAAACCAGUAGGCCUCUGGCUGCUGCAGUUUUAAAAAGAUACGUCCUCCUGCCCACGUUUGACUCCUUUUGCAGGGUAAGACCAAUUACACCUUGUUUUGUAAAUUCCCACCUAUCAAAAGGAGUCUGACUGUCUUUCCUUGGGUUCAAAUUGCAGGCUAGAUGGGGUGAGGGGCAGAAAACUGCCCACGUAAAGCAACUCUAAGUGAGAUGUUCCUAUCUAUUUGCAGUGUUACCUAAACCAUUUUUGGUUUUAUUUCCUUUUUUAAGGCACUUCCACUCCAUAUUAAAACAGUGUUUUAAAAACUCCUAAGAUGUAUACUCUGUUUAACAUUGUUGCACACAACCUUGCACCUUCUCUUUUCUCUCAUUUCACUUCUCAGGUUUUCCAAAUCCUUUCUCAUUUCUCGAUUUGGUGACAUUUCACGAUGUCUGUAUGCCAUAGAAGUUCACCAAUGAGUGUGUUUCUGAGAUAUAACCAGCCACUCGAUUUCUCAUUCAUUGCCCAGGCUGACUAUACACUUGUGCACGUGGUUUCAAUUCAUGUGACACAUCUGGAUCCAAGCUGUAAAUUAAAUAUGGUUUCUUAAUAUUUUUGCCCCUUGACAUGUUAAACUGUAUUUGUAUAAUGUAUUCAGCAAAAUCAAGCUAUAGUCAAGUGUAAUGUGUGAAUAUGGUACAUGAGAAAUAUCGAUAAAGGUUCAUUAAUCUUUUAAUCAAAACUGUAUUGUAUAAUUGACUAAAUCACUGCACUUUACUUCUAAUUUUGUAAUAGCAAUUAAUCUAGAAAGCUUAUUCCUUGUCCCUUGUAAUUCUUUACAUUUAUGGGCUGUUUUUAGUCCAAUUCCACAUUAAUUUACAUUUUUUUGUGGAGAAAUUGUCUUUUGGAUUAUUGUUAAUAGUUUUGAGGGCCUAACUGGCAUUUUGUUUGUUGGGUUAACUGUCAAAUGUUCUCAACUUUAGUUCAGUUGUAAACAGUAUGUGUCAAUGACAGAAUCAUGAGAGGGAGGCCAAUAUAUUGAGGUUGCAAUAGCCAAAUAAUACUUAAAGGAAGUCCCUGUAGUGGUAGCUGUUACUCAGACCACUCUUGGUGCAGCAGAUUCUGAUAACAAUAACAGGAAGGGCUUUUGUUAGGCCUCCAGCUAGGUGAAUAAGGACAGUGUUCUGCUUGUACCUGUACGGUGCUGUUCUUACAGGAAAGGGCAGUAAUGUUUUCAGCAGACUAGUAUUGUUUUUUUUUAAAUCUUCUCCCCUUCUAUCCUAUAUUGCCUUCGACGUCAGUCAGGAUGCCCUAAAUUCCCAGGUGGUGGUCUGCUAAUUGUUUUCCAAUCACCCAAUAUAGCACUUGCUGAACCUUGCUGCCUUAGUUAAAUCCUGGAGAAAGAAUACUACGACCAAGAAGGGUGUUUUGUGUCUACUUGGAUGUGAAUUCCCUCCACCAGCCCUUCUCAACAAGGGGACUGGAGGAUGAAACAACAUCUCAGUAUGUCAUAAUAAAGGUGAAUCCUUUGGGGAAGAUCUUUUAUUGGUCAACUGCACAAUUCAUUAGCACAAUCCUGCAUCGAACAAUUAUGUUUACUUUUUUGUUGGUACAUUCUGAUACAGGUUUGUUUUGUUUUAAUGUAAAUGGUGACGAGACUUGGCAUCAUAAUGGAGAUUUUUAAAAUACUAAAUCUGCUUGGACUCUUCUGUAUUGAAAAACAACUAGUUGGAUGCAUUCUUAAUAUUUUACCGUUGUGUAUUCCUUAUCUUUCUCCAGUUAAGCCAUUGAGUAAAGUUAAAGUGUUUUUAAAAAAAAAAUUACCUGGUUGUUAAAAUGCCUGUGCUGUAAAAUCCUGUUUUAAAUGAAGAAAACUGAAAAAAUAUACAAAAUACAAGGUGCUAUAAUAAAGAUGAACAUUAACCAA